GAGGGGCGCAGCUCGAGUUUCGCGGUUCACCAAGCGACAACAGCUGCGAGCGCUCAGCAUAAGCGUCGACACUUCCCGCUUCCCUUCCGCGGCGGCUGGGUCAAGGGAGCAUGCUAAGAUAACGCUGCUGGUGUAGGGGUUACAAGAAAAAAAAAAAAAAUACACCAGGGGGGGUUUCGAAAGGAGACAAAAGUUUGUUCCUUCUUUUCUCCUGCGCUUGCUCUCCGCUAAUCAUCGUCCCGUGAGAACAGUAUACCGUGGUAUCGCCUCUCUCCUCUGGGCACGUGCGUAUUGUGUGUGUGUGGUGCUGCCUCAAGGUCCCCGCGUAAAAGUUUCGUUCUCUUCCGGUUCACAAGAGACCGGCGAUCUUUAGAAGAGGAGAACAACGGUCGCCUCGACGACGACGUCGCCAGUGUCGGUGGUGCCUGCCCUGCUUGACUCUUCUUCUAUCAUCGAGAGCAGUCAGUCGUGGCGUGACCGUCGUAGACGCCGAAAUAGUGCGGACGGGAUAAGAGUGUGCUCAAUAGAGGCUGCCGGACUGUUGUCCUUUCGUCCCGGGCUCCGGACCACUUUUGUCCUGUCUGCUCGCUCGCGCCGACGUGAACCGGGGCAUUGUUUUCCUGCUCACUUGCUCGGCAAGCUGAGGUGUGUCUCUCCGUGUCCGUCGAUGUCGUUCCCGGGGGACAAGUGGCUAUAACGGUUGACAAAGACCGCACGUCCUCUGGACCAAGAUGGCGGUGGCGUCCGGCGGUGGUGGAGGAGGGGGCGCUUCCGACUCGAGCGACUCGGCCGGCGGUGGCGGUGCGAACAACAACAAGGAGACGACGUGGGAGUACGUCGAGGCGAAGACGCAAACCGUGACCAGCGUGGACUGCUGCACCUCCUGCUACUACUUCUGCUGGUACCAGCACGUGCACCGCAACGACAUCGACUCGCUCUACCAGCGGUACUUCCUGCACCUGAACCGGCGCAGCCUCACCGCGCUUCUGGGCGUCAUGGCGGCGCUCUGCGCUCUCGGAGCGCUUCUGGACCUGGCGCUGUCCCAGCGACCCUCUCAGCCCCCGCCGGCGGCUCGCGCCGCAGCGUUCGGCGCGCUGCUCGUCUUCUACCUGGCGCUGGUGUACGCCACGCUGCAGACCUCGUUCCGCCAGGUGCACCUGCUCGUGUGCAGCUAUCUGGUGCUCGUCUCGUUCGUAGUGCUCGUGGCGCUCGUGGCGCUCCUCGACCCCAGCGCCGCCGAGCGCGCCGUCGUGUCCGACCUGUGGUGCGCGCUCUUCCUCGUGUACGUGUCGUACGCCCUGGUGCCGGUGCGCAUGCGUGACAGCGCCGUCGCUGGAGUCCUGCUGGCCGGAACCUACCUGGCCUGCAAUCUCGCACUGCACGCGGACACCCUGCACUGGAAGCGGGUGACGUGCAACGUGAUACUGCUGGUGGCGGUGAACACCAUCGGCAUGUUCUCGCACUAUCCGAGCAAGGCGGCCCAAAGGCAAGCCUUCCUCGAGACGAGACAGUGCAUCGAGUCAAGGCUAAGCAUACAGCGCGAAAAUCAAAAGCAGGAGCAACUCUUGCUCUCCGUUCUUCCACGUCACGUCGCGAUGGAGAUGAAAGCGGACAUCGCGAAAAAGCCACAGGACUCCAUGUUUCACAAGAUCUACAUCCACCGACACGAGAACGUCAGCAUCCUGUUCGCGGACAUCUGCGGCUUCACGAGCCUCGCGUCCCAGUGCACGGCCGAGGAAGUGGUGCGCAUGCUGAACGAGCUGUUCGCGCGCUUCGACAAGCUCGCCGCCGAGAACCACUGCCUGCGCAUCAAGAUUCUCGGAGACUGCUACUACUGCGUCUCAGGCUUGCCGGACCCGCGACCAGACCACGCUCAGUGCUGCGUCGAAAUGGGACUCGACAUGAUCGAGGCCAUCGCGCUCGUCCGUGACGUAACAGGCGUCAACGUCAACAUGCGAGUCGGCAUCCACACGGGGAGGGUCCACUGUGGCGUCCUCGGACUCAAGAAGUGGCAGUUCGACGUCUGGUCUAAUGACGUCACGCUCGCAAACUACAUGGAAGCGGGCGGAAUCCCAGGGAGCGUGCACAUCACCAAGGAAACGCUGCAGUUCCUGGGCGACGACUACGAGGUGGUUCCGGGUGAGGGCGGCCAGCGACACCCAUACCUGCGCGACCACAACAUCGAGACGUACAUCAUCAUUCCCAACGACAAGAAGCGCAUGGCGCCGCCCGAGAACAACACAUCGGCGGCGCUGCACGGCGUCGCCAAGGAGAUACGCAUCAUGGGGCAUGCAAACGCAAGGCGACACGUCAACAUGAGGACCAAGGGCUACUCGGGCGGCGAGAAGAAGAAGAACUCGCAGGAGGAAGUGAACGACUACCUGUCGCACGCGAUCGACGCCCACAGCAUCGAGCAGCUACGCGCCGAGCACUGCAAGAAGCUGACGCUCACUUUCCACAAGGCCGAUGUCGAGGAGAAGUACAUGAAGGAACCGGAUCCGAUGCUGGGCGUGUACAUCGUGUGUGCAGAAGUUGUGUUGGUGUUCAUAUUUAUCAUACACAUGAUCAUACUGGACUUAUCGUGGAUCCGGGUAUUCAUCCAGAUAGGAGGAAUCGCCCUUAUAAUUAUGGUUAUAUGCAUCAUCCUGUGCCUGCAUCUAGAGCUUUUCACAGCUGUGAUUCCUUCCAAGUGUUACAAGAUUUCCGAGAAACUCACGGGAAACAGAUUGCAUAGCCAAGUUAUUUCAAUUGUAAUCCUAAUCAUUGUGUACGUCUGCUGCAUGACAUCGGCGAUUUUGCCCGAAUCUGAGGACGUCGCGUCGUGUUGGUACUACGACGACAAUUUUACGAUGAUAGCAAACGUGACGUGUAUGCAAGAGAACUACGUGAACGUGCCUGAGUACCUCAUGCUCUGUCUGGCUCUGGUGCUCCUAGCCUGCGCAGCUGUACUCGUGCUGACGACAGUCGAGAAGCUGGUGCUCCUGCUACUCUUCAGCUUGCCUUUCUGCGCACUGAGCUUCACGUGGGACGACAGCCUGUGGAACUUCGUUCCUGGCGCCACUGAUGUGCUUUACCUGAAGACUGUGGUGGUACUCGUGCUGUGCCUCUACAUAGCAGUCCUGGUGAUCCAUGGCUUCCAAACAGAGGCCACGUCUCGCCUUGACUUUUUGUGGAAGCUUCAAGCGAUGGAAGAGAAGGAAGACAUGGAAGACCUACAGGCGUACAAUCGAAAAUUACUGGGCAAUAUCUUGCCGGCACAUGUCGCCGAGUACUUCCUCUCAUCUGAUCACAGGCACGAGGACCUGUAUCAUGAGCAGCGUGACAGCGUUGGCAUCAUGUUUGCAUCCAUUCCAAACUUCAGUGAAUUCUAUAUGGAACUGGAAGCCAACAAUGAAGGUGUGGAAUGCCUACGCCUUCUGAAUGAAAUCAUUGCCGACUUUGAUGAGUUGCUGUCACAGGAACAGUUCAGGUGCAUAGAGAAAAUCAAGACAACGGGCUACACGUAUAUGGCAGCAUCAGGCCUCACCAUGACACAAGAGGACAUAGCAAACAAUGUACAUGUAGUGGCCAUGGCAGAAUAUGCACUCAAGAUGCAGGAGCAACUUCAUCAUGUCAACGAACAUUCCUUCAACCACUUCAAGAUCAGGAUAGGCCUGAAUGUGGGACCUGUUGUUGCUGGUGUUAUCGGUGCAAAGAAGCCACAUUAUGACAUCUGGGGAAAUGCUGUCAACGUUGCAAGCAGGAUGGAUUCUACGGGUGAAGUGGAAAAAAUUCAGGUGACCCAGGAAGUUUACAGCAUACUGGAGCCCCUGGGCUACCCAAUGGAAUGCCGUGGUUACAUCACUGUCAAGGGCAAAGGGGACAUGCUCACUUAUUUCCUGACGGGCAAACGGAAGCCAGUGGCCGACUCUGGCAACAACCAGCUGUAACACACCACCUUUCACUCCAAAGACUUUGUGUGAUGCGGGGCCAGCUGCCCUGCGUAAAUACGUAUGUGCGUAAAUAUGAGUUGUUUUUAAUGACCAUUGUUGCAAGCGCCACAUACAAAAGCUCCAGGCAAGCCCACGUGUCUGAGCUUUUACUGCAUUGCAAUGGCAGACAUUACUAGAGAAACCCCAUAGUUACUGUACGCUCUUGUUUUCGGGUGUCUCGUCAUUCUGCUAAUGUUGACAUUCCACCAUGUGUAGCAUAUGCCUUUUUUCUGUAGGCGUCUGCCCACAUCCAUUUGUUGCAGUGGCACAGGCUUAGUCCAUUGUGCAUAAGACAUUCUCCGCGAAUAAUUUUGUGUCGGUUAAAUUGCACCGUUUCUUCAAGAAUGUGUUGUGCUUGGGUUUAUUUCAGUUCUGUGGUGGUUUCCUUGUUGUUGAGAGGACCAAUGUACAGCGAUCUGUGUGUGCCAACUGUGUAAGAGAAUUUGAGAACAGUGAAGUGUGCAUGCAAGAAGAGAAGGCUUAAGUGAGUGUUAUUAGUAAACCGUCUAAUUCUUCUGAAGUCACUUUAGAAGUCGCAUUGGGAUUUGAGAAGCUGCUAAUGGCGGUUUGAAUUGUGUAUAUUAGAUUUAGGUCCUCAGCUGUUGUGAAAAAUGUUUUUGUUUCUGCUUAUUAGCAACCUGGGUUUGUCAAUGGAAGAAUUUUGCUUCUUUACCUUGCUUCUGAACCUUGCAUUGAAAGUGGCAGAGGAGCAGAGUUUCAUGAACAUUGUAGAGCUUUAACACAAAGCUGCAAGUUUCUUCAUCUCCAUAAGGAAAAAUUGGGCUAGGAGAAAGCGAGCUAGUGGCUUUAUGGUAUGAAUCUACAGACCCUUUACAAAAAAAAAAAAAAGGAGUAUCUUCCAAACUGGAACAGCGCUAAAUGAAAAUGUUUAAGUUGGCCAUGAAAUUAAAGUAAUCUAUAGAAUAAUUCUCUUUCACAAAUGAAAGACUGGCUACUGUUUACAGCAACAAUAACAAAAAUAAUUUCAGCCUUGCACAGCUUAUUAUAUUUGUGCACUACCAGGCAAGCAUAAGGUGUGGAUGGUUAGAAAAGCCAUAAAGCACAUGCUUCAGCGAUCUUGCAUUGAACCUUGUUAGAAAUGGGUGCGAUCCAUGUUCCAUGGAAAGUCAUUGACAUAACUAAUGUCAACAACUUUUUGUAUUGUCAUAGUUAUUACAUUGUCUUUAGUAACACAUUUCAUGAUAAAACUUUGUUAUAAUGAUGUUUGGCAGCCAGCUGAACAUACUUUAUGAUGCCCAUUGUCUGCCAACAUGGCCAACAUUGUCUGCCGGGGGGUGGUGGAGGAUAGUCACUACUGAGUAAGAAAACGGUGAUGCAAAAGCACACCAGGCAUGACCAAAUGAUUAUAAAGGAAAUGAAAAAGUGCACAUGUUACAGUUUAUCCUUCCAUCAUAAACAUGCUGGAAUUACAUUACAAUGCUGUAUAUUUGACUCAGCUGCAGGCCUAAGAAGGCUUCUCAGGAAAGAAGUUGAUGAUUAUUUUCUAUUUUUAUCCUCUGCAAUGAGAUGACUACUUUUUCUAAUGUAGCUGUAAUGCUGAUUCAUUUCCACCAUCAUUGUGUGUGCAUAAUUAUACAUGCAACAGGCCUGCUGCAUCCAGUGCUUGCAUGGCUGUGGUGGUGUUCACCAUGGCAGCAUUCACCUUUCAAAGCCAUGAUUAUGUUUGGUAACAUCGGAUAGAAAAGGGUGGUUUAAUCCACAUUGAACACUCUUUCAUUUCCACCAUAGUUGUGUGUGCAAAUGUAGUGAUGUAACAGGUCUGGUGUAUCCAGUGCUUGCACGGCCGUGGCAGCAUUCACCUUUCAAAGCCAGGAUCUUGUCUGGUAACGUCUGAUAGAAUAGGGUGGUCUAAUCCACGUUGGAGGCUCCUUUUUCACUCUACAGUCGAUUUCUGUUAAUUCGACCUUGACGGGACCAACGAAACUGGUCAAAUUAUCCUGCCGGUCAAAUUAGACAGGAUGCAGAAAAAGCUCCAAAAUACACUGCUUAUUCAUUUGGCUGUAUUUUCUGGAUUCUGACACGCCCCCGAAUCAAACGCGCGUCCACUUUGUAUAUGUCCAAAGUAGAAAAGUAAUGUAGAUUAAAGCUCCUAAAAAAAUAGAAGUGUAAUAUGCGCACAUGAUUUUUUAGCAAUAAAAAUAGUCUUAAUAGUGACGUCCAACAGCAGCCGGUCUUCUAAAGUCAGCUUCGCCGCAGUACAUUGGUGUUAUUCGGUAAAGCACAUGAUUGCUGCAAAGACCAUUUUGGUAUUUUGUCUGACUGCAUCACACUGUCCAAUUUCAUUUAAAACAUGGCAAGUGUUAGAAUUGGGUAAAUGCCAUAAUCAAGCAUUGUAAGCCAUGCUUAUUGCUUGAAAAUCUUGGGGGAUGACAAAAAUAGGGGAGGCCAAAAAAAAAAAAAAAACUUACGUCCUAUCAGCAGCAGUACCAAAUUUAGUUGUAAGCAUGCGCUGGCAAAACUAGAGCUUUUGAAUGUUCUGCCGUGUAAGUGCACAGGCUUUUGGGAGUUAGAUGCCAUCAACAGACCAGAAGGUUGCUUCUAACACCUACUGCUGGCCAAGCAUAAUCGUCAAUUUGAUUGCUGGCAGGGUAGCACGAAAUGUGUGAUGUGGUAGUAGCUGAAGUGCUUGUACUUGUAAAGCUUCCGGCUUGAAGAGCUUGAUAGUAAUGCUUGAUUUUUUCAGGGCCUUUUGUACCAUCAACAAUGAGCCGUGGAUUCAAAAUUAGUCGACUAGCGCAGCUUCCUAAUUAGGUUUAGCAGCAAAGUGAUACUCGGAGAGCAAAGAAAACAUUGCAUUGUCUCGGUGGAGCUCAUGAUUGUGUUGCAACAAAGUCGAAAUAGCUGGGCUAGUCCAAACAAUUCGAGCCAUCAGCGGCUGAUGUGUUGUUGAAGGGCUUUGAUAAAUUUGCUUCCUGAAUUUUCUCAAUAAGUGUAGGCAUAGGAAGAAUUGGUUAUUUGGCUAACUGAUUAAGCAUUACGGUACAACAUAAUUUAAUGCAGUCUAACAGGAAUUCGCUUUCAUUAGGGUAUUAUAACUUUUUGGAUGUAAUAUCCCAAAAAGACAGGAAGAGAGUGGUGUGGAUCAGAGAGCAAACAGGGAUAGCCGAUAUUCUAAUUGACAUUAAGAGAAAAAAAUGGAGCUGGGCAGGCCAUAUAAUGCAUAGGAUGGAUAACUGGUGGACCAUCGGAUUUACAGAAUGGGUACCAAGAGAAGGGCAGAAAACUACAAGUUAGGAUUUGUGAUGGAGUUAGGAAAACUAGAAUUUAUGAUGAAGUUAGAAAAUUUGCAGGCGCAAGUUGGAAUCGGCUAGUGCAAGACAGGGGUAUUUGUAUAUCGCAGGGAGAGGCCUUCGUCCUGCAGUGGACAUAAAUACAAGCUGAUGGUGAUGAUGAUGAUGAUCCCAAAGCUGCACUGCAGGACACAAGAAAUGCCAGAGUGGAGAGCUCUGGAUUAAUUUUGACUAUCUAGAUUUCUUUAAUAUGUGUAUAAAUGUAAAGAGGCAACCACAUGCACGCAAUAUUUAAAGCGGCACAAUCGGCACACCCUGUCGCAUGGCGGCAUGGAGCAACCGCACGCACCCGACAUCGCUAAAAAAGUAGCGACAAAUUUACAUUGUUGUCCAAAUAUAUAAUAUUGCGCACUUGUAAAGAAAUAUCAAACAUACCACGAGGUCAAUGCUUUAAUCACGGUGCAUUAGAUCUUGCUUUAAAUUGCUGUCAUCGUCUGUCAAAAAUCCGUUCCAUGCUGCUAAAGUGAAAUCCUGGAGUGCCAUCUGGUGAGCAAUAAAGACUUUCGCAGCUCUCGGUGGUGUCUCAUGCCUUAACAGUGUCAAAAUGAACAACCGAUCUCAAUAAUGACAAGACAGCGCCAGUACUUUGUCCUCAACCUGAGAUGAGACGAAGCGAUGGCCGAUUUUACUAUUUUAUUUUUUGCUGACAUGGCAAAGAGCAAAUUUAGAUCGAAGCGGGCGGGCUGGUUGCUUUAAUAUUGUUGCGGCAUCACUCUGCCCUCAGCGGAAGUUGCCGCAUGUACCUCCAGGUGACAAGCAAAAAUUUCUGGCUGGCCAAAAAUCGGUGACGCUAAAAGCGACAGCGAUGGAUCGCCCUCCGCAAUGGCAAAACCUGUUGCUCGUCGCCGGCACUUGAAAAUCGCUGUGCAUGCGGUUGCUCCUUAAUUAUACAUUUUUUAAUUCCACUACAAUUGGAAGGGAAUUGCUAUUGCUGAAAUUUGUUGCCGUAGUCUCUUCCACAGAGCAAAAUGCCUUGCCCAUUGCAUUGGGCUUUGUUGUUAUGGCAUUGUACUGCGAAGCAUGAGGUCACGGGCUCGAAUCUCGAUUGCUGCGGCCGCAUUUCGUAGGGGGCAAAAACACUUGCAUACUUGAUUUGGGUGCAUGUCAACAAACCUAAGAUGGUCAUAAUUAUUUCGAAGUCCCCACUAUGGCAUGCUUCAUAAUCAUAUCAUGGUUUUCGUACAUAAGACUGCAGUCUUUAAUUAAAUUUUAAUUAGCAGAAUGUCACAAUCUUUGAGGCACUGGUAAAUACCGUUUGGAGGUAAAGGGAGAACAGAAACUGUAGCUAGCCACGCCAUCACAUGUGGACCAAAAAUGAACAAGCUACUCGAAAAGAAGUGCUUCUAGAUAUCAUUAUUUGAAUUGUGUUCAGCUGUGUGUUUGGGCAGUGGAAGAUAUUUCUUGAUGCGGACUUUUUUUUAGACAUUGUGUUCUCAUACUGCUUUCUAUGUGCCCAUUUUCGAGACAAAAUGGCUGUUUCCACAGCCUCUGUUCAUGCCAGAUGGCAGUUUUGUGUUCUUGCAUUUGAAAUUUUGUGAAAAUAGUUUUGCUACAUGUCCACUAUGCUUUUCUUUUUCUUUACCUUGCAGUGGUUCGAAAUGGAAGUAAAAUGUAGCAGUUUUUCUCAUACUGCAUCGCUGAAUGUCUUCAUUCAAUAUGUAUUGCAGCAGUGUUGUCGGUGAAAAGUUUUUAUGCAGUUUUCUGCAGUGACAGGGCUUUUAGUGCAUCAUUUCAAACUUACUUUUGGCAGCCUUAUAGUGCUGACGUCAUACAAUAUAGUAUGGUGAUGUCAAACUUCUUUUUUAUCCCUCUAUGUGUGAAUUUGUUUUUCAUUGCUCACUAAGAAGUGGUUGAUGUAAAGGGCAUCUUCCUGAACCAAUGAAUUUAGAACAGAUUCGCAGAGUAGAUGAGUGACCUUUGACAUAUGUUACUGCUAAUUCGAGAGUCUAAAAGGGAAACCUCGUUUAUUGUGAUGCUUUAGUGAUGAAAUAAACAAAAACAAACGGCCUUGUAAGAGACAUAAUCUGCUCCCUACAUCAUAACGAGUGGUAGCAAACUAUUUCAUCUAAGCUCUUGAUGUGCACUAAAGCACAAACAAGACUAUGUUCAUGAGCUGCUCGUUUGCAAAGCCAACUUAGCCUUGUAACUUCUGCGCCAAGGAAACAGCGACUGCAACUAUAAAUGAAAUUAUUUGACUGCUUUCAUGCUUUUACUGCUACCAAAUAGUGCUUAAAAACACUAAAUACACAAUUUGCUAGCUCACUAGCUUUGCCAGCGGAUGUAUCCAUAUAGGCAUCCCUGCCAGCAUAUUAUCAUUGCUGUAGCGCUUGCACAAUAUAUUCUGUGUGUUCUUUAGGGUAAGGAUAAAUUAGCAAUCUUGAUUGCCUACUCUGUGCCGCCGAGGAUAGAUGCUUAUCUUUUUUUUUUUUAUUUAGGCCCCCUCUAGCCUGUACCUUCCGCUAUAGGAAACAUUUGACUAAAACAUGAUGCUAAAUCUUUGUUGGCCUACUGUGUUUUCACUGCAUAUUGAAGUUGUCAUUUUAAAACAAAUCAUCUACUAAUAUUUCAGUUAGUAAUUCAACCGCUUUGCCUUCUUAAGACAGCAAUGCGGUAUCAAACUAAUGACUCGUCAGAGGACAUUCGUUAUAUGAACACUCUAAAGUCAUCCACAUUUUAUAUGGAGGCAUCAUGACUCUUGUUUGGUGUCACUAGGAAAAUGUACCACCCACUUGUUCACCAUGAAAUUGACCCGAUUGUAGUUUAUAUGCUUGUUGCGACUGUGUCAGCUCGAAUGAAACUUUGUGUGUAUACCUGCACCUCUACUAAAUCAUAGUUAUGUUCUGGGCAUAAUGUGUACUUCUGAUAAUAUAAACAAAAAUCUAUAAUUUCUAAGAUUUAUAUUUAACAUAAGUUGGCCCUAUUUCUGUUACACAUUGCUGUUGUGUUAAGUCAUGCAAAUGAUGUCAAAGGUCACUUUCCACCUCUGUGCGCAUCCCUGCCACAAUGUUCUUCCAAGUCCAAAAACUUGUUUAGAAAAGGUAUGCUUCAAUUACAUUUUUCAAAAACUGUUUGGCAGGAGGAAUUAAUUUUAUGCUUUCGAAGAUGGUUUGACAUGAUGGUGUAUGUGACGAAGUGUGCGUGUGAUGGGAUAUGCGUGUUGCAUGUAUACAUCAGGUAUUUUUAUUUCUUAUUUACCGGUGGUUACUGUUGGAGUUCUAUCAGCUGUUGAGCUUAAACGUAGUGUUAAUAAGUAUUUUUUAAGCCCCAAGCCCCUUUGUGUGGUGGUGCAAACUUGGGUCUUGAAUAGCCUUCCGCAAAGAGCAUUUUUAAUAGCUAAUGCAACUGUAGUGUAGAGAAUCAGACUAUCAAGGAGUGAUAAUGAGAAGUUUUGCUUAUGUACUAUACUGUGUACCAUACUGUAGAUCAGCAGUGCUCUUGAAAUGUCUAUCAUUGUGUAAAACAUCACUUGCAGACUGCAAUCAUUAUGCCAAGAUCAUUACACACGUCACCACCCUCAACACUUGGCAAUCAGUGUAAAUGACCUCAUUCAUUUUUGUGUUUUUGUGCCCUGCGUGUAAUUGUUCCUCUACUGCACACUCUGGCUGGCGUAUACUAAAGCGUUGGCAGCGAGUCUUUAACAGCGGUUGUUUGUUGGGGCUGGAAUGGACCAUUUCAAGAUGUGUACUGUGUACAGUCUAUUUCUCGUUGUUUCCUACAUAGUCAGCACCCUUGCAUGUAUUUUCAAAACAUAAUCCGUGGUUCUCUUGUUUUUUUACAACCAUACAUUUUCACUGCGUCCCUUUUUUUCUAGUCAGCAUCCAUCACCUGCUUUGUCUGAACUUGAAAUUACACUAUAGAUCUGCCCUGUCAUUCUAGUCGUAGUAAGAAUGUCGCUGGUGGACAGGUUUUACAGGCCUGACACUGUUUGCUUUGUUUUAGUGAUGGGUCUUUGUUCGCAUAGUACAGUUACUGAUUUGGUAUCUUCAUUUUCUUGGCUGUGAUUUGGCUUCAACUCUUUCAGAUGCAGUAUAUGCUGCCUUAUUUCAUCUAUACGCUCUGGAUCUUAUUGAUUUACAGCACCAAGUACAAAUCUUUUUCUGCCUGCACAAAUUCUUUACAUUUUUUUACUGCAUACUUUGUAUUGCAUGUAACAAGGACCAAGCUUUGAAUGUUGAAUGAUUCAUUUCAUGUAUAUGAAAGGACAAGGCACUCUGUCUGUAGCCUUGCUGUAGUGCAACUAUAAGUGUGCUUAAGAACAUGUUAAGGUAUAAACUAAAUUUCUGAGGAAAGUUGGACAUUUGCAGUGAUAAAGGUGUAGUGUGUCACUAAAUUAAGUUUGAUACUGGUGAGUCCAAAGGUCUCCUGCUACUCCAGUGGCUUUUCAUUUAGUUUAAAUAUAUGAUUAGUGUGUUGACUGCAAGCACCUGUACAUGCCGUGUUAAGUUUAUGGCAUGCACUAUCACAUACAUAAUGUUAAAACCAAGCAUUUAUGCUGCAAGUUAAUGAAAUAUUGCCUUCACAAUAUGCAAAUUGGAAUAAGAAAUUUGGGGAGAUCUGCACAUCUUUCAGCAGCUACAGAUGACAGACAGUGAACAGCUCUUAUGCUGCAUGCUCCUGUAAUGACACUUUAUUACAUCAACACCGAAACAUUCUGGGCCAACAAACCUAUUGUAAGCCAGGGCUGCUGUCAUGAGAUCUUACAAGUGAAUCUAGGGUAGUGGUGGCAACCAAUCACAGCACGGAGAAGGGUGAGGGUGCAUGGCUGUUGUGAGGAAGGAUUGCGAAAAUAGGCCAGCUGGUAAGUGGUUCCUCAGUAAUGAUGAGGGGAUAUCUGGUGAAGUCAGGCAAAGCAGCUUGCCACCACUCUUGACAUUAACAGCUACUGUUAAACUUGUGAUGUGCUUUCUGGAAUUUGUAGUAUUGACAGGCUUUUCUGGUGUCAAAUUGCCUAAUUGAAUCAGUGUCUGCAUGCCUGAAAUGGAUAAAGGAUUUGCUAACACAGACCACUUUGUUGAAUGGUCAAAGAAGAGUUAUACUGAUAGUUAGAUUGAGUCACUAACAAAACAUUGCAAGUUGUCAUUCCCUUAAAAUGAAUUGAUCCAUGUUGAAAGCUUGGUCACUGUUUGGCACCAGUUGUGCAAGGCUGGUGUAUAUUUCUGCCCUAAGACUGCCAUUGAAACACCAUUUUUGAGUAAACAUUCACCUAUUGUUAGGCUUGUUACUCAUCUUACUAAAUUAACAGCUUUUCUUUUUUGUAUGUAGUUUAUUUUCUUUGGGUGUUCAGUCUUAGUUAUUUCAUAUUUUAGAAAUCCCAAAUUAUGAGACGCCAUUUGUUUAAGCACUUAGUAGUGGAGUUGGUAUAGGUGGAAUGCGGCUACAGUAUAAGCGCUGCUUAAGUAUAUCAGAAUAUGCAUAGGGCAGCUCAUUUCAAGGAUACGUUUGAGCAGCCUUGGCUGCUGACAUGUCGCUCUUGUAUGUUCAGUACGAGUCAUUAGUCAUGUUUAGUUAUGGCAUCUCAUUCCUGUGCCAAACAGUUUCUGAACAGCUAAAUUAUAUUCAGUUAUUCAUACCUCACACACAUGUCCUUGUGAAAGACGUUUGGCUAAUGCGUGUUAUCUCUUUUACUUACCGUCGUUCACUGUACACAGCAUCAAUGCUUGAGAAUCUAAAUGUUGCUUGUUGUUUUCUUUGUAACAUAUUUUAUUGUGUACCAUGUCAGGUUACAAGAUUAAAACACACCAUUUGUACAUAGCCUGCUUGAAGAACCUUUGCUUCUUCCAAAUGAUGUCUUUUCACCUUUUUUUUUUUUUGCGCUCGGACAACAUGGCCAUUUCUCGAGGCCUAUGCAGUUGUGCAGAGGUGCAUCUGUUACUUUUUGAGACGUAUAUAAACAAUGUUAAAUGUGA